AUGAUGUGGAGAGUACAGGGAGGUUGUAUGGCAGAUGAUUUUUUAACAGCCAGACGUUUUUUUCAACAAAACAGACAAAAAAUGCUCUAUAACGAUCCGUAUCAAUUGCUGAACGCGGCGAGCAGUCGCCUUGUAGCUCAAGGGUCGGGUCAGAUUCAAUUGUGGCAAUUUCUGCUGGAGCUUUUAGCUGAUUCGUCAAACGCUGCUUGCAUUGCCUGGGAGGGAACCAAUGGAGAAUUUAAACUAACCGAUCCGGACGAAGUUGCAAGGCGUUGGGGGGAAAGAAAAUCAAAACCGAAUAUGAACUAUGAUAAACUUAGCAGAGCAUUGAGGUAUUAUUACGAUAAAAAUAUAAUGACGAAAGUACACGGAAAAAGAUACGCUUAUAAAUUUGAUUUUCACGGAUUGAUGUUAGCAUGUCAGGCACAAGCACAGGGAACGAGUGGGGAUCCAACCAUGACCUAUGCUAAAUAUCACACACAUCAAACAGAACUUGGAACGGCUUUAUAUCCUACCGGACCUAAAAUACCCCCUAUACCUUCCAUACCACACACGGUAAUGACAAGUGGUAAUUCUCUUUUUCCUGGUCCAUCUUCAUAUUGGACGGCAACAUCUGCAUCCGUAUCAUCAUCACUAUCUUUUUACACGGGUUCAUCAUCACAUUCCGGUGGUCCUAGAUAUCCCGGUUAUCAUUCGGAAGCACCACAUUAA